AUGAUUACCGAACAUAAAGCCAACGUCUCCAAAGAUCUAGGAGUAGUGGAGAAAAAUGUCGAGGUGGAAAUAGCUGAGGUGAAAGAUGUCAAUCUCAAAGGGGCCGAUUUGGCCAUGGAGGUGGCUUUCCAAUCCUAUGGAAUGGAAAUAGAUGAAGCCACCAACAAAAGGAUAUUGCGGAAAAUUGACAUGUAUGUCUGUACUCUGAUGUGCGUUGUCUAUAGUAUCCAAUUCCUUGAUAAAGUCACCAACAGCUUUGCGGCUAUCAUGGGACUGAUACCUGAUCUCCACAUGACAGGCUCUGAAUAUAGUUGGAUCGGUUCAGCUUUCUACUUGGGAUAUUUAGUUCUGGAAUUCCCUGCUGCCUAUCUUCUUCAGCGAUUUCCUAUUGCUAAAACAGUCGGAAUCUUUGUGAUUCUUUGGGGAUUUGUCCUAUGUAUGACGUCUCUUCCCACUACAUUUGGAGGGUUUCUUACCACCCGUAUCUUUCUCGGGAUGCUUGAGAGUGCGGUAACUCCAGCGUUUGUUCUUAUAACUUCUCAAUGGUAUAAAUCAUCUGAACAAUUUACUAGAACUGCGUUCUGGGUGGGCUGCAAUGGCAUCGGAGGUAUGAUUGGAGCAGCUAUAGCUUAUGGUUUAGCCAAAAGACAAAUGGCUGGUGACCUUCCAAUCGUAGCAUGGCGUUUACUCUUUAUCAUUGUUGGCGUGGUCACUAUUGCUUUGGGUAUUGCUUUUAUCCUAAUUAUUCCUGACACACCUUCCAAGGCUUGGUUCCUAAACGAGGAAGAAAAGCUGCUGGUUGUUGAAAGAAUUCGUUCAAACAAGCAAGGAUUUGGUAACCGAAAAAUCAAAAUGGAUCAAGUUAAAGAGGCGUUUUGCGAUGUUCGUCUCUACUUGAAUUUUUUUGUGAUGGUUCUCAUUAAUAUUCCUAAUGGUGGCCUCACCAAUUUUGGAAGUAAGUAUCAUAAAAAAAAAGACAAUCAAAUUACAAGAUUUGUUCUAACAUUCUAUAGGUAUUGUGCUGACCGGCAUGGGAUACGACACUUUGGGUGCUCUUCUGAUGAGCCUUCCACAAGGAGCAGUAGAGGUUGUAGGACUGUGGUUGUUCGGUCUUUUCGUUGCUAG